AAGGGGUUCUUGAAUGGGAUGCCAGAUCAAAAUGGGCUGAGCAGGGGGAACAACAAAGUGCAUAUUGCAGAAAGAUUUCAUUACCGUGCGCUGACAUUCAUCAGGAGUAGAACGCAUUUGUACUUUCAUAGAUUUUCCAAUAGUUUCUACAUAUUUUUGGAGAGCCGUGGAAUUACAAGAUUUAGUGUGCAACCCCAAAGAAGAGAAACAAAAGAAGUCGAUUCGCUGGAGAUUUCGGACAAAGGAACACUGUAUUGUAAAAAUUCACUUCAAACAACAGAACUACUACAAUUGGGGGGGAAAUGACAUGGUUGCAAGUCAUGUUUUUUUCCUUCUGAAUGUUUGAGGUAUCCGUGUAGCUGAUGUAAUGCUACGUGCUGCACAAUUAUUAAGGAAUUUACUUUACAGUGACACUCGAGACGUUAUCAUUUCAAAGACAAAAAGAGAGAAAAUAACCGAAAGACAUUACCUCGCUUGAGAAGACUGGAAUUGUUAUACCCUGCGAGGACACUGAAAGCCUAACAAUAUGGGAAAAGGAUCCUUCCCUGAGCUGUAAAAAAUGUAUCCAUCACACAGAGAAAGAGAACAACCCAUCUUCAGUGCAAGAGCGCACGUCUUCCAGAUCGACCCGGCCACCAAGAGGAACUGGCUCCCUGCUAGCAAGCACGCAGUCACUGUCUCCUUCUUCUACGAUGCCAGUCGGAGUGUGUACCGCAUCAUCAGUGUGGGGGGCACCAAGGCCAUCAUCAACAGCACCAUCACCCCCAACAUGACCUUCACCCAAACCUCCCAGAAGUUUGGCCAGUGGGCUGACAGCCGUGCAAACACUGUGUACGGGCUUGGCUUUGCCACGGAGCAGCAGCUUCAACAGUUUUCAGACCAGUUUAAAGAAGUGAAGGAGGCAGCGCGUCUUGUCAGAGAGAAAUCCCAGGAGAAAUUUGAGCUAACAAACCCUGCGCUGAACAUUGCUGCCCCACAGCUCUCUCAGGAGCUAUCAGAGGAACGCCACUCUCCACCGCUGCUCGCUGUCAAUGGGCCCGAAGACAAGCUGUUCCGUAGCAAGAGCGCCGACACGGAGCAGCUGACGUCAGAGAAAGAGCGCAUCAAGAAGAUGCUGUCCGAAGGGUCCAUAUGUGAAAUUAAUCUGGAGGCAGAGCUGUUCACCCUGCAGGAUAGCAACGCUAAGCUAGUAGCAGCACUUCAUGAGGCAAACACUGGUGUGGAGGAGUGGAAGAAACAGCUGGCUGAUUAUCAGGAGGAGACUGAGAGGCUCAGAGAUCAGGUGGCAGAGCUGGAGGCUCAGAGCAGGCGAGCGGGUCCGAGUGAAUCUGAGAUGAGGGAUGAGCUGACUCAAUCAUUGGAAGAGCUGGAAACCUUGCUCAAAGCAAAAAACGAGGAAAUCCACAAUCUACAAAGCAAGAAAUCAGAUAUCCAUGAGUUGGAGAAACAAAAGGAAGAAGCUGUUCAGAGACUUCAGGAUCUGGAGACCCGUAACACAGAACUGGAAGAACGGGUUAAGAGCGCUGAACACACUCUGGCUUCCUCGCUGGAGGAGCGAGAACGGGCCGAGAGUGAGGUUCAGCGGGUGAUUGACGUCCUGGACGUCAAGAUCUACGACCUGAACGACCUGCGACAAAGCUUGGCCAAGCUCAUUGACAAAUAACAUACAGCAUUUACAGGAUUUUCUAGGGCAAUGGACAAAGAAGGAAAGGAAGCUAGCUUUUUUUUUUUUUUGUCCAAUGUUUGCUCGCGCACGUUACUGGAGUGGGUAAUGGUAGAACCUUGGGUCCACAUGUUGCAGAGGUACAUGAGAACCAGUUCUACUGUGGUUUUCACGGUGGAUGGUGAGAGCAUAACAUUCACACGUCUUUGUUUUUACGUUGCUUGAAGAGAAUUGUUCCAAUGACCUUAACACCGUUUUCAUGUAAAUGUUGCUUUUUGGUUAUGAUUCAGUCAACAUGCAAUUAGAGGUUAACUUGAAAUUCAGAUGUGGUUGAAUUGAAUCCGGGCUAGCGCUUAGAUAUGUAGGUACCUAAGAAUUGUUUGAAAUUCGUCAGUAUUAUCAAUUCAUACAAUUUUACCAUUAUUAUUUUAUGUAUUGUAUAACAUUAAGUUGCCAUGAAUUAUAUGGUGAUCCUACCAGAAUAAUUCUGCAGAAUCCUACACGGCAGAGGCCUAAUUAGUAAGGGUACUCAAAGACAAAAGUGCAUGAGGUCAGCAAAGGAACUUGCCAAGUACAAUGACUUAUAUGCAUUAACCAAUGUGCAACCUUUUACAGACUUAAAAGCACAAGUAGCGUUAAUAAAGUAAUGUACUGUACUUGAGUCAUUGAAACUAACUUGGUAUCUGGAAUUUAAGUGAUGCACACAAGUUUUUGUUUUUCUUGCUAAUGAUUAUAUAGCUGGGUACAAGUAAGGUAAAUGUGUGUUGAAUUAGCAGUACUGUUUUUGACCAGUGCGCUGUGACAUCUACACCGAAGCGUUCGUGAUGACAAACUGCAAUUCCAUUGAACAAUGUUGUCAUUUCGCUUUGUGCAUGUAGACAAUGUGGCUACCAAACUGAAUCCAACAAAGGUGACAAUCAGAAGUUUAAUCAGCUGUGUGUUUGCAUCAUGAUGCCUAUAUUCAGUGUCAGGGGGCACAUUAUCCCAUCAGCAUGGUUGUUUUACAAGUCUACAAGGUUUACAUAUUGUGUAUCGUCAUACAACUGUAGUCACAACACGAAAUACAGUACCAAAGAUGCACUUUUCUUACCCAUGUGUGAUGGAUGAACCAUACCGUCUUAACAGUACUGCACAAUACAUUAGAAAACAAUUGUACAACUGUCAAAUUGCCUUUAGAUUUUUCAUUGAAAUGUGAGUGUAGGAUCAGUUGCGAUCUUCUCUUAAUAUACUUGACAUGGGUUACUUAAUUAGCACCAAUACCUCAGCAACCUGCGUUCAAAAUUCAUUGAAGUUUGUUCAAAUAAAAUCACAGUUUCCUUAUCUGAUUUUGGGUAUGGAAAGGUAGGUCGUUUGGCAGAGGCUCUUACGGGGAAAGAAAUUGAGGAUUCAUUUUUGCAGUAUUAACAGCCAGUGAACACCUGAUUUUACUUCAGGUAUUAAGAGGAUCUUUUUAACAUUAAACUGAAAUUGCAUUGUAUGUGGAAAUCAAUUAUAUUGUGAAAUCUAAAUGUACUUCAAUUGUGAAUACUGUUUUAACAUUAAACGUUGCAGCAUUGUA